GGUAAGAUCUGAGAUCUCUCUCUCUCUCUCUCUAUCUCUUUGCGUUUCCUUUUCUGACAACGUAGUAUAUGCAGGAAGGCUGCCUGCCAUUUUCUCUGAUCCCAUUCUUUUCUUGUACACUUGAAGGAUUGGAAUCCCUUCAGAGAUUGAGGAAGAAGACGACACAGAGGCUUCGAGAUCUGGGAGAGCUCUCACUCGCAGCUGCAGAAUAGGAGAUUUGGGGAAGUGAAGAAGAAUGGGAAAGAAAGGGAGCUGGUUUUCUUCAGUGAAGAAGGCUUUCAGCCCUGAAUCUAAGAAAGGAAGCAAAUCGAGUAAAAAACGGUUGGAGAAAGAACAACUUCAGGUUCCCGACUCUUCAAAUAUAGAAACUGCCAUUGCACCACCUCUUCCACCGCCACCACCACCACCUCAGCCACAAGAGUUGAGGUUGUCUGAAGUGGAGAGAGAACAGACAAAGCAUGCUUACUCGGUUGCAGUUGCCACUGUGGCAGCAGCUGAAGCUGCUGUAGCAGCAGCUCAGGCUGCCGCAGAAGUUGUUAAAUUAAGUUCCCCAAAUCCAUUUGAAGGAAAGUCAAAGGAGGAAAUUGCCACAAUUAGGAUUCAGACUGCAUUCCGAGGAUACUUGGCUAGGAGGGCAUUGAAGGCCCUAAGAGGACUUGUGAGGCUAAAAUCCCUUGUCGACGGACCUACUGCAAAAAGGCAAACUGCAAAUGCUCUCAAGUGUAUGCAGUCUCUAUCUCGUGUACAAUCUCAGAUUAAUUCAAGAAGGAAUAGAAUGUUGGAGGAAAACAGAGCUCUCCAAAGACAGCUUAUGCAGAAACACGCCAAAGAUCUCGAGAACUUGAGGAGAGGAGAGGAUUGGGAUGAUAGUAUACAGUCAAAAGAGAAAAUUGAAGCAAACUUGUUGAGCAAAUAUGAAGCUGCUAUGAGACGAGAGAGAGCACUUGCUUAUUCAUAUUCUCAUCAGCAAACCUGGAAGAAGUCGUCAUCGAGGUCUCAGAAUUUAUUGUUUAUGGAUCCCACAAAUCUGCAGUGGGGUUGGAGCUGGUUAGAGCGGUGGAUGGGUGCAAGACCUUGGGAGGCAGAUGGGAUGCCGGAGAAAGAAGUUAAGAAUGAUCAGUUGUCUGCCACCAAAGGUGGAAGCAGCAGCAUUAAUGUGGGAGAGAUUACCAAGGCAUAUGCUCGCCAUCAGCUGGCUGCCGCCGCCGAACAACAGCCUCCUUCACCUGCCACCACCACCACCACCCAUAAGCCGCCAGCCGGUCACUCCUCAACCCGCCAUUCCCCCGCCGCCACUCCAUCUUCCAAACUACCACCGACAAGGAAACUGAAGCCACCAAGCCCGAGAGCAAUUCCUCCCACCCAAGACGAUGAUGCAAGGAGUGUGGCGAUGAGUAUCCAAUCCGAGCGAAACAGGAGGAGGCAUAGCAUUGCUGGGGGCACGCCAUCGUCGGCAAGAGAUGAUGAAGAGAGUUUGUCAAGCUCCACAUCUGUGCCGAACUAUAUGGCUUCCACCCAUUCAGCAAAAGCUAAGACACGUCUCCAUAGCCCAUCAGAUGCAGAUAAUGUCAAUUUCUCUGCUACAAAGAAGCACCUUUCAUAUUCACCCUCCCCUGCAGCUACCAGGCCGAGGCGGCAUUCGGGCCCUCCCAAAGUCGGAAACUUCACCCUUGCUCAGCCUAAAACCGUGGGUGAACUCCGUUAUUAGAAACUCUCCGAUGAAAAUUCUUGUCUUGUUGUUGUACCAGUAUAAGGUGUGCUGCAGGUGGACUGGUCUGGUGUUUGUUGCAUAGUAAAAUGAGGAAACGACGGCGGGUUUCAUUGAUUUGUCAUAUUUCAACUUGGCUCUGCAAAAAUUUCUUAAUUCAUUCUGUGUGAAGGGUAAGUAGCUCUCUCUCUCUCUCUAUAUAUGUCUCUCUUCUCCCACUUAUUGAUGAUUUUAAUGCCUAAAAACCCCAUAUGACGAAUCUUAUUAUUUCGUGCUGUGUAUUUCUAGAGUGGAAAGCCAAUAAGCCAUUGUUCGAUUGUGUCUUGUUCUGUACUACUAAAAGUAUAGUACUUUAAUACUUCUUGACAUACCAAAAUUCAUUACUUGUAAUAGUAUAUGAUUCUUACAUUGUGAUGUACGCCAAGAGUGGAAGGCUGUGGCUUGGUUGUUGGCACUCCUUGUGUUUUGCCUUCACACGCUUUAUAACGUAAAAUGAAAAAAAUAUUUGACUUUCCAUUUGUCUUUGGCGGUGUACUAUACUCAAGAAAGAUGUAAAAAAAAGUGAAUAUUGCAAAAAUAAGGGUAAGUUAUUUUU